CCCCAUCGCCAGCGACGCGCUUGCUCAUCUUUUCUCUAUCCACCAUGGCCUCCCUCGCCCGGUUACGCGCUAGCCUUCCUCGCACUCGCAAAACUACGGCAGCGGACACGACACAGUUGAAGGAGGAGGCGUCGCACUCCGAACCCUUCAUGGUCACGCUUCACGAGGAGUCCUUCCAUGGGUUCAAAACCGACCCCCCGACGCGUGAUCUCGAGGUGACCAAGGAUGGCCUCCUGAAAAUGUACAAGCUCAUGAGCACCAUGCGCCGCAUGGAGCAAGCCGCGGACGCCCUCUACAAGCAGAAGCUCAUCCGUGGUUUCUGUCAUCUCGCCAUCGGACAGGAAGCUGACAACAUCAUCUCACCCUAUCGCACACAUUCGUUCGCCAUCUUGCGUGGUGGGAGCGUCUUUGCGCUCGUCAGCGAGCUUCUCGGCCGCAAAACUGGUAUCUCGAAGGGCAAGGAUGGCUCCAUGCAUGUCUUUACGGAGUCCUUCCAGGGCGGGCACGGUAUCGUUGGUGUGCAAGUCCCGCUUGGUGCUGGCCUCGCGUUCGCAGCGAAGUACCUGGAAAAGCCAAUCGUGACUAACCAGGGACAGGUGUUCGAGGCUUUCAACAUGGCCAAGCUAUGGAACCUGCCAUGCGUGUUCGUCUGCGAGAAUAACAAGUACGGGAUGGGUACCUUGGCGGAGCGGAGCUCGUCGAACACUCAGUAUUAUACUCGUGGUGACCAGAUCCCAGGCAUUCAGGUGAAUGGCAUGGACGUCCUCUCGGUCGUGAAGGCUGUGGAGCACACCAAGCAGUGGGUUCUGGAUGGAAAGGGCCCUAUAAUACUUGAAUUCGUCACGUACCGCUACGGUGGUCACUCGAUGUCUGACCCUGGAACGAGUUACCGUACGCGUGAGGAGAUCCAGCGCGUACGCAGUACAAACGACCCUAUCCGUGGCAUGCAGAGCUAUCUAGCGGAUUGGGGUCUGGCGACUGAGGAGAGUCUGAAGAAACUCGACAAGGACGCGAAAGCAGAGGUUGAUGCUGCAGUUGAGGAAGCCAAGAAGGCGCCCUUCCCUCCCGAUUCGGACCUCUGGGCUUCUGUCUAUGCCGAGGGCCACGAGCCACCUUUCCUGCGUGGUCGGGAGUGUGAGGAGGUGGGUCGUUACGAGUCCUCGCUUUGAGUGCACCGGUUCUGAGCUCCCAUUGAUGCGUAAGAGUUCGAGCGUGAUUUGAUUCUUAUAGUGUUUUGAUGGAAGGCCGUACAGUACAGUAUUAGAUGCCCUGUGCUAGUGUAGCGUGACAUUACUCCACCGUCCGCGACGCGACGCCGUGGAUGAUUCUUCUUGGGUGACAUGAUGCGUAUGAAGCAGACUGUUUGUUAAAAGUCCGCUCUGACU